ACCGAGAUCGAGCAGGAGCAGCUGUUGGUGGGUACGUUGGCUUGAUUUACCUCCUUGCGUGCCAUGCGCUAGUCGCUCCCUUCUUCUUUCCGAAGUCAUCCGUCCAAAUGCAUUCCUACGUGCGACCAAAUCAAUUCGUGGCCUUCAGGCUCCCGUCCGAGGCGACGAGGAUCCAGAAGGUCGUUCCUAAUACAUCUAUCUCUUUGGGAAAAUACGGCACCUUCCCCGCCAACCAAAUCAUCGGCCGUCCGUUCUACCUGACCUUUGAAAUCCACGAGACCCCGGGUGAAGCCGACAGCACAUACCUCCGCAUUGUAUCCGCGGCGGAACUUCACGCGGAAUCACUUAUCACCGAGGGCGAAGGCGAUGGCGACGAUGUCGAGCUCAAUGAAGACGGCACGCCGGUGCGGUCGAAUCGCGAAACCAUCGAUGAUCGAUCGACGCAAAAGCUAACGCUGGAGGAGAUUCUGGCGCUGAAGAAAGAGAGUACGGGAGCUGGCAAGGACAUCAUCGCGAAGCUGCUGGAGUCGCAUCAGGCUUUGGACCAGAAGACGGCAUUCUCCCUCGCUAAAUACAAGCUGCGCAAGGAGAAGAAAUAUAUGAAACGGUUCACAGUCAUCCCAUUAGAUGUGAGCCUCCUGGCCAAUUACAUGCUGGAGGAUAAGGAUGCGGCGAGAACGAUGGAAUUGCGCGAUGAGUUGAUCGGGCUGAUCGGGUGCUGGGGCAAUGUGCACCACGGGGGCAGUACUUCCUUUGAUGAGACUGUGACAGAGAGACCCAACGGGCGCUAUCUCGUUGUCGAUGACACGGGCGGUCUCGUCAUCGCAGCCUUGGCUGAACGGAUGGGCAUCCUUUACCCCCACGACGGCGACUACGAUGAGGAACAGCAAGAUGCCAUUGAGAGGCCAGCUGUGGCGGAAGGCGAUGAGGCCGAGAAGCCCCAGGACGGAGAGGGGCAAUCCUCUGAUACUCCCCGUCGGCCUCGUCGGCCACACAUGUCCGCUUCCGGAAACACCAUCACCCUUCUCCACGCCAACAAGCAACCGAACCUCAGUCUUUUGAAAUACUUUGGCUACGACCAAGACAGCCCGAGCGAGUCCCACCCCCUUUACACGAACCUGAAGACUGUUUCCUUCAUGCAGCUUCUGGACCCCAAUGCCGACAACAUCUAUGCCGAGGAGCCCCCUGUCGUACCCGAGGAGGAGCUGGCUACAUACAAGCCCAGCAAGCGCAGUUCAUAUCACCGGAAACGCGGACGCUGGAUGCGCGUCCGCAAGGUCGUGGACGAUGCUCGGUCCGGUGGGUUUGAUGGUCUGGUCAUCGCUUCUUUGAUGAAUCCGAGCAGCAUCAUGAAGCACGCGGUCCCGCUCGUGGCCGGCUCUGGUCCAGUCGUUAUCUACUCCCCGACCGUGGAACCGUUGACGGAGGUGAUGGACUUGUAUUCUACGGCCCGGAAGAACGCAUAUAUCGCGCGCAAACGAGAAUUGCAGGAGCGGAAGGAGCAGCAGCCCGAGGACCAAAAUGAAGAGGGCGCAAAGACGUACCCCGAACUGGAGGAGGAGUUCACCCUGGAUCCCACGAUGUUGCUCGCGCCGACGCUGCAGACCUCGCGGGUGCGUGCCUGGCAGGUGCUUCCUGGACGCACGCAUCCGCUCAUGUCGGGACGUGGUGGUGCCGAGGGGUACAUCUUCCACGGAAUCCGGGUUCUCCCUACGCAGGAGAUCAUCGAGGCUGCUGGUAACCCGGGCCGGAAGAGGAGAAAGAUUGCAAAGCCGACGGAGACUGAAACGCCGACCGCUAGCGGCAUCGAUAUUGAGAUGACGUCGUGAUUAUUCCCUACAUUAUUACCCGUGUAACAUAGCACUUGGCCAUUGGCAGCCACGACGAUACGAGAUCCGCCGCUGCAAGCGAGGAACACGAUAGACUUGUCUAUCACAGGAUGAUACCACUGAUCUCAGUCAAAACGCUUCAUGUUGAAAUAUACAGAGUAGCAGAACUAGGCUGACGUUCAUACGCUGAGUGUACGCCGAGAGCAACAAAACAAUCUAUCCUAGAAGCUCUUUCCCAUG